AGUUUCACUUACGUCCUUCGUGUUUGUAACCUGUACAUUCGUAACAGACCAAGGAGAAAAAUCCCCAAAAUAGAGGGGAAAAAAAAGGUAGUAAGUAGUGAAAAGUUAGAUUGAGAAUGAGGAUAGUGGGUUUGACGGGCGGAAUAGCGUCCGGAAAGAGUACUGUCUCCAAUCUUUUCAAAUCCCAUGGGAUUCCCGUUGUUGAUGCCGAUCGCGUCGCUCGUGACGUUCUGAAGAAAGAUACCGGUGGCUAUAAGAAGGUAGCCGCAGCAUUUGGAGAUGAUAUCUUGCAAGUUAAUGGGGAAGUUGAUCGAGCAAAACUGGGCCAGAUUGUAUUCUCCGAUCCUGCAAAGCGCCAACUUCUUAAUCGAUUAUUGGCGCCCUAUAUAUCUUCUGGCAUCUUUUGCAAGAUUUUGAAACUGUGGUUAAGGGGGUGUAAGGUAAUUGUCCUUGACAUCCCUUUGUUGUUUGAGGCCAAGAUGGAUAAAUGGACAAAACCCAUUAUUGUUGUAUGGGUUGAUACAGAAAUACAGCUUCGACGGCUCAUGGCAAGAGACGGAUCCAGUGAAGAGGAUGCCAGAAAUAGGAUCAAUGCUCAGAUGGCUUUGGAUUUAAAACGAACUAAAGCAGACAUUGUUAUUGAUAACACUGGCUCAUUAGAGGAGUUGGAAAGGCAGUUUCAGAAGGUAUUAUUCCAGGUUACUAGGCCCUUGACAUGGACUGAAUUCUGGCUUUCAAGACAGGGAGCCUUCAUGGCUCUGAUUUCCAUUAUAAUUGGGGUUGUUCUUGGUAAAAAGGUUUAUGGACAUCAUAAUCAAGAAUCUCAAAACUAGAUAGCUUCAUAAUUUCAAGCAUCUUGUUAAUCAAAAAGAAAUUUUCAGUGUAUUUGAACUCAAGCUAUUUGUAUCUCAAGCCAAUACCUGUAACAUUCAAUUUUUCUUGGAAUGUGAUAUUUGAUCAUUGAAUGCAUUUGUAUUUGUUUAAACAA